CUCCGCCAUCUUGUCAGUACUCUAGUUGUUUAAUAGCUCUAUGGAGUGGACUCGCUUCUGUUAUAAUAUGAGGUGAAAUCAUCGUUGCUUGGAGUCGGCCUAGGGCCUAGCCUAGGUCUGGAAUUUGUAAUGAAAACAUAUUUUUAGUGUAAAGGAUAGUAUCAUAUUGAGUGUAAGAUGGCUAGAAGAAAAAUAUCAGGUGAUUAUAGUGAGCCAGACACUGAAGAUAUUAGUACUUCGCUUGCAAGUGACCUAACUAACUCAUUAGACCUAAGCCUUAGCAAGGAAGCCAGUGAUUUCGAAGAGGUUCGCCCGAAGAAACGCUCCGCGGGUGCCUCAAAGAAAGUAACAAAACAGUUAAUAGAACGAAAACAGCUGCUGCAUGAUGUCCAACUUCUAAAAAUAGAAUUAUCACAAAAGAACCAGAUCAUUACCAAUUUAAAAGCCGAACAUAUGUCAAAGUUGGAAGAACUAGAAGAGAAACUAAAUGAUGCUCUACACAGAAAAAACAUUUUGCAAGCAAAAUUAGAAGCCCAGUUGAACCUUCAGAGAGAUGAGGCCAGCAGAAGACAAGAUAAAAUGAACACCGACUUGGAAAUGAUAGCAAGAAGACAAUUGAAUUUAGAGAAAACAAAUCAGGAACUACUACAGAGAGCGGGUAAUAUCCGAGAAUCAAUGGAGAAUUUAAAUUUAACUGAGGAUGAAUUCAUAGAACUAAAAGCCAAGAAUGACACAGAGCUUUCUCUUAGAGACUUUGUGGCAGUAAGUAACCAACACAUUUGACUUUUUUUAGUGCAGUCAGA